UGUUAAGUGAGCUGAAGACUGAAGACACUGCGUAUCGCCCGUGUUCCUCAUCCACAGCCAUUGCAGCGCGUUGAGACCCAGCGAUAGUCACUAGAUUCCAAGAUGGGGAAGGAUCCGACUAAGCCGAGGGGGAAGAUGUCCUCCUACGCUUAUUUUGUCCAGACCUGCCGAGAGGAGCACAAGAAGAAGCAUCCCGAAGCCUCGGUGAACUUUGCCGAGUUCUCCAAGAAGUGUUCCGAGCGAUGGAAGACUAUGUCCGCCAAGGAGAAGGGCAAGUUUGAGGAUAUGGCCCGGCAGGACAAGGCUCGGUAUGAGAGGGAGAUGAUGAGCUACGUUCCUGCUAAGGGAGGCAAGAAGAAGAAGAAGUACAAGGACCCCAACGCUCCCAAGAGACCCCCAUCUGCUUUCUUCAUCUUUUGCGCGGAGUUCCGCCCAAAGGUGAAGGGCGACAGCCCCGGUCUGUCAAUCGGGGAUGUGGCCAAGAAGCUGGGUGAGAUGUGGAACGGCACCAACUCAGAGGACAAGCAGCCCUACGAGAAGAAGGCCGCUAAGCUUAAGGAGAAGUAUGAGAAGGACAUUGCAGCUUACCGCGCUAAGGGGAAAGUGGGCGCCAGCGCGCCGGCAAAAGCCCCCGCCAAGGCAGAGAAGAAGGACGACGAUGACGACGAUGAUGAUGAAGAUGAGGACGAGGAAGAUGAAGAUGAUGACGAUGAUGACGAGUAGAUGGCAGGUGGUAAAAGUGGUCAUUUUCUUGUUUAUAAAGCAUUUAACCCCCUUGUACACACAUCACUUACUGAGAGAAAAUACGUUAGUAUUCAAGGGGUAAAAAAAAAAAAAAAGACGAAAAAAAAAACCGCCAACGAAAAGGCUGUGUAUAUCGGUUGUUUUUAUGCUGUACAGUUUUUUUUUUUCUCUUCCCUCUCUUUUUUUGUAUAGUUAACACUACACAAAUAUCGUGUUUGUAUCUUUCUGCCAGUCUUUCUUUCCCCCUCCCGGUGGUAGUUCCUAGGCCACGAUCCUGCCUGGUACAGUGUAAAGGGGUGGGCUUACAGUAUUUCCCUUAGCUAGCAGUGCACUGCACAUAAAAAUGUUAUGAAUUAGAGCUGAGUGUUUCUUUCUUUCUUUCUUUUUUUUCUUUUCUUUUACCUGUGUGUUUUUAUUUUAAAUAAUGUUACCAAAAUUGAAGUAUCACGGUUGUUUUACUGAUCUUUACGUACCACUGUAAUCGCAAAAAUUAAAAAAGUUGAUGAAAAAUAAAUUGCUUCUGAUGUCAAUAAACCUUUUUUUUUAA